GGCGGGGCCGGGCGAAGCGCGGCGAGGCACGGCGGAGGGGCGAUGCCGACUCAGCGCGAGAGCGGCAGCAACAGCGGCGGCACUAGCAUGUCGCACCCGGGCCCGGGAGGCAGCGGCGGCGGGAUCGGUGGCCCUGGAGGGGACAGCGCCCAUCAGGUCCGCGUCAAGGCUUACUACAAAGGGGACAUUAUGAUAACUUAUUUUGAGCCUUCUAUCUCCUUUGAGGGACUAUGUAAUGAAGUUCGAGAUAUGUGCGCCUUUGAUAAUGAACAGUUAUUCACUAUGAAAUGGAUUGAUGAAGAAGGGGAUCCAUGUACUGUUUCUUCCCAGCUGGAACUGGAAGAGGCUUUUCGUCUAUAUGAAUUAAAUAAGGAUUCAGAACUUCUAAUACAUGUGUUUCCUUGUGUACCGGAAAGGCCGGGAAUGCCCUGUCCAGGGGAAGAUAAAUCUAUUUAUCGUAGGGGUGCACGAAGAUGGAGAAAGCUCUAUUGUGCAAAUGGUCAUACGUUUCAAGCCAAGCGUUUUAACAGAAGAGCUCAUUGUGCCAUCUGUACUGACCGAAUAUGGGGACUAGGACGCCAGGGAUAUAAAUGCAUCAACUGUAAACUUUUAGUUCAUAAAAAAUGUCAUAAACUUGUCAGCAUAGAAUGUGGCCGUCAUGCUUUACCACCGGAGCCUAUGGAUCAUUCUUCAGUGCAUUCUGAUAACAUUGAACCAGUGAUUCCAUAUCAUCCUUCAAGUCACGAAAGCUUAGACCAUGUUGGUGAAGAAAAGGAGGCAAAGAGUAGAGAAAGUGGCAAAGUAUCUUCCAGUCUAGGUCUCCAAGAUUUUGAUCUACUUCGUGUUAUAGGGAGAGGAAGUUACGCAAAAGUACUUUUAGUUCGAUUAAAGAAGACAGAGCGCAUUUAUGCCAUGAAAGUUGUGAAAAAAGAAUUGGUUAAUGAUGAUGAGGAUAUUGACUGGGUUCAAACAGAAAAGCAUGUCUUUGAGCAAGCAUCAAAUCAUCCUUUCCUUGUUGGUCUUCACUCAUGUUUCCAGACAGAAAGCAGGCUAUUUUUUGUUAUCGAAUAUGUGAAUGGAGGGGAUCUCAUGUUUCACAUGCAGCGACAAAGGAAAUUGCCAGAAGAGCAUGCCAGGUUUUACUCUGCAGAAAUCAGUUUAGCUUUAAACUAUCUUCAUGAACGAGGAAUAAUUUAUAGAGACUUGAAACUGGACAAUGUAUUGCUGGAUUCUGAGGGACAUAUCAAGUUGACUGACUAUGGCAUGUGCAAGGAAGGAUUAAGACCUGGAGACACCACCAGCACUUUCUGUGGCACUCCUAAUUAUAUUGCUCCAGAAAUUUUACGUGGAGAAGAUUAUGGAUUUAGUGUAGACUGGUGGGCUUUAGGUGUCCUGAUGUUUGAAAUGAUGGCGGGAAGAUCUCCGUUUGAUAUUGUUGGAAGUUCUGAUAAUCCUGAUCAAAAUACAGAAGAUUACCUCUUCCAAGUUAUUCUGGAGAAGCAAAUCCGUAUCCCACGGUCCCUUUCUGUGAAGGCAGCAAGUGUUCUAAAAAGCUUUUUAAACAAGGAUCCAAAAGAACGUUUAGGAUGCCAUCCUCAAACAGGCUUUGCAGACAUUCAAGGACAUCCAUUUUUCCGUAAUGUUGAUUGGGAUCUGAUGGAACAAAAACAAGUUGUUCCUCCAUUUAAACCAAAUAUUUCUGGAGAAUUUGGUCUGGACAACUUUGAUUCCCAGUUUACCAAUGAACCUGUACAACUCACACCUGAUGACGAUGAUAUUGUAAAGAAGAUUGAUCAGUCCGAGUUUGAAGGAUUUGAAUAUAUCAAUCCCCUUCUGAUGUCAGCCGAAGAAUGUGUCUGAUCUCCUACGUGUAAUCUGUGCCAUCUUUUUUAUAUAUGUUUUUCCUGCACGGGUGAAAAAUGUUUCUGUUGGGAAGCAAUGGAUCCAAUGCAUUUGUCAUCUCGCAUGAACUUUAUCGUAACAUAUCAUUAACUUGCUGUAAGUGGAAUACUUUUUCAUUGAUAUAAAAGGAAACAAAAGAAUAGUAACAAUUAUACCAAAAUUGGAGUUUAAGACAAGACCAUUGUUCUGGCCAAAAGUUGUCUAAUAUGAAAUAAAAGAUUUUGCCAGAUGUUUCUGCUUCACAUGUAAUGCUAGUUUGUGUUUUAUAGAUUUGCUGUUACAUUAAGUGAUGUUUAGCAAAUUGUACAUAAAGUGUGGUUUUCUGACAACUAGAUUUAGAGGUAUUUCAUAAGACUGCAUCUUUUUUUCCUCCCUCUAUCUUUACUUACUACAUUGUCCAAAUUAAGCUACCAAAUUAAUUUUGAAAACUCUAAUUAAAAAUAAAUUGCAAAGUAAGAAAUAUCCCCAUACUGAGUGUACUAAAUGUUAUGUCCAAACAAGAUAGGGGCUUACAGAUAGUAUUAAAAGCUGCUUUCAUUCUGUAAACAUUCUGAAUUUACUGUGAAUUGACUUUGUUAUUGAGACCCAUUGAAUUUGGUGGGAUGUGCUUCUGAUUAAACCUUCCUGGUAUUACUCUCUUGUUGCAUUUGGGACUUUGAAACAUCUUAUGUAUAGUUAUUAUCUGUAUCCCUUAAGAAUUAUGAAUGAAGCCUUCAUUCUGCAGACUAAAAGUGGUACAGCAUUUCCUGUAACAGUGCUAGAACCAUGGAUAAUAGAUGCAAUGACAUUAAUGGUCCUGUUGUAAAAGAGAAUUUUCUUAUUAAGCACAUGUACUUCAUUGCUUUUAAUUUUUAGUGAAAUCUUUUGAUAAC